AGAAGUUGAUUCUCAGCUCCAGCUUCAUCGUGUCAAAGGCACUCUCCAGCCAUCCAGCUCUCCUUGGGGAAACUGAGGCAAAGAGAAAUGACCACGUGGGACCAGGCUCCUGUCUCCCUAGUCUGGGUCCCUGCACCCUCCUUGCAGACUUGGCUACCCAGAGCAGCGAAGAGGAGUGGCCCUACCCUGGAAGAAUGCGGCUCUGCCGAGGGGGCAGAACCCGAGGCAGUCUCCCCACGGUUUGAGAAGCCCGAGCCCAGGCGACCCAGCCCUGCCGGUGGCGACCCCGCACCAGAGCAGCUGGAGGCGGUGAUCGAUCUGCCCACCGGGGCCUUCCGGCCCGGGCUUCGACAUGCCGGAGGAGCCCCGGCCGCGGCCUCCGCCCUCGGGCUUCGCGGGUCUCCUGUUCCUGGCGUUGUGCAGUCGGGCCCUCAGCAAUGAGAUUCUGGGCCUGAAGCUGCCCGGCGAGCCGCCGCUGACCGCUAACACCGUAUGCUUGACGCUGUCGGGCCUGAGCAAACGGCAGCUAGGCCUGUGCCUGCGCAGCCCCGACGUGACGGCAUCCGCGCUUCAGGGCCUGCAUAUCGCGGUCCACGAGUGUCAGCACCAGCUGCGCGACCAGCGCUGGAACUGCUCGGCGCUGGAGGGCGGCGGCCGCCUGCCGCACCACAGCGCCAUCCUCAAGCGCGGUUUCCGGGAGAGUGCUUUUUCCUUCUCCAUGCUGGCUGCAGGGGUCAUGCACGCGGUAGCCACGGCCUGCAGCCUGGGCAAGCUGGUGAGCUGCGGCUGCGGCUGGAAGGGCAGUGGUGAGCAGGAUCGGCUGAGGGCCAAACUACUGCAGCUGCAGGCACUGUCCCGGGGCAAGAGUUUCCCCCACUCCCUGCCCAGUCCUGGCCCCGGCUCAGGCCCCAGCCCUGGCCCCCAGGACACAUGGGAAUGGGGUGGCUGUAACCAUGACAUGGACUUUGGAGAGAAGUUCUCUCGGGAUUUCUUGGAUUCCAGGGAAGCUCCCCGGGACAUCCAGGCAAGAAUGCGAAUCCACAACAACAGGGUGGGGCGACAGGUGGUGACUGAAAACCUGAAGCGGAAAUGCAAGUGCCAUGGCACGUCGGGCAGUUGCCAGUUCAAGACCUGCUGGAGGGCGGCCCCAGAGUUCCGGGCAGUGGGGGCGGCGUUGAGGGAGCGGCUGGGUCGGGCCAUCUUCAUCGAUACCCACAACCGCAACUCCGGAGCCUUCCAGCCCCGCCUGCGUCCCCGUCGCCUCUCAGGAGAGCUGGUCUACUUUGAGAAGUCGCCUGACUUCUGUGAGCGAGACCCUGCCGUGGGCUCCCCGGGCACUCGGGGCCGGGCCUGCAAUAAGACCAGCCGCCUGCUGGAUGGCUGUGGCAGCCUGUGCUGUGGCCGUGGGCACAACCUGCUCCGGCAGACACGAGUCGAGCGCUGUCAUUGCCGCUUCCACUGGUGCUGCUACGUGCUGUGUGAUGAGUGCAAGGUCACAGAGUGGGUCAACGUGUGUAAGUGAGGGCCGGCCUCGCCACAGCACUGGGGAAGGGGAGGGGCACCUUUUCAGCCUUUUGCUCUGAUUUCUGUCCAGGGUCAGUCCUGGCUCCUAGAAGCUCCAAGUAUCUACCUGGAAGCAGCUUGGGGGUGGUGGGGGUCAGGUAGAGUCUGUGAUGUGCAGCCUUCUCCCCCACAGUAGGAGGGCCUUGGAGAGAAAGCUGUCACCCCUCUUCUGCUCCUUAAACACCUGAAAUGAGCUCAGAUGAAAUGCACUGUAUUGCCUCCCUCUCCCCCACCCUGGGGUCCCUUUAGCUCUGGUUCCUCUUCCUUCUGGCUGGGGAGUCCCUGUAGUUUGACCACUCUUUCCCUUUGAGGGAUAGACCCAGGCACUGUGUGGAGCCGGAAGACCUGUAUCCAGGGAGACCACUCAUUCCUACCUGCCAUUCCCAAACUCUUCUACAGUGAUCUGGGCCCACUCUUGUGGGGUAAUGGGAGAUGGUGGUAGAGAGGUUUUUCUUGGGGAAGAGACAGAGUGCUGGAGGGGGACCUCUCCCCUGAGUCCUCAGAGGGUUGUUUGUCUAGGUCCUUAGGGAAACUAUCCCUCCCCCCCGCCUUCAGAUGUUAAAGGGAAACCUCCAAAGGAAGAAUUUUACCUAAGACUCUCUGAGCCUUUUAUUCUUUCUUUAGCAGGAGGGAUGGGGAUGGAUAAUUUAUUGUACUGAGACUUGUUCUUGGUUUCUGUUUGUAACUAAAAUAAAUUAAGCUACUGGACCGGUGGA